AUGUCCAGAACUACUCACAAGAUUUAUGUUGGGAAUUUGCCUCCAGAUACCAAAACUCGAGAUAUCGAGAAUCUAUUUUCAAAGUAUGGUCCAAUCGCAGCAAUCGAUCUGAAAGCUGGACAAAGACGUGGUCCACCGUUUGCAUUCGUUGAGUUCGAAGACGAGCUUGAUGCGUCAGAUGCCGUUCGUGGACGCGACGGAUACAACUUUGAUGGGUACGCCUUGCGGGUUGAGUUACCACGUACUGGAGGUUUUAACAAUGGGAAUGGCGGUCCCAAUCCUAACCAGUUCCGGAGAGGAGGUUUCAAUCGCGGGGGUGGUGGGGCUAGUGGCCCUUCAAGGAGGUCAGACUUCCGUGUAAUUGUCACGGGUUUGCCACCCACUGGUAGUUGGCAAGAUCUCAAGGAUCACAUGCGUGAAGCUGGAGAUGUUGGAUAUGCCGAUGUGUUCCGUGAUGGCACCGGUGUGGUUGAAUUCCUAAGAACUACUCACAAGAUUUAUGUUGGGAAUUUGCCUCCAGAUACCAAAACUCGAGAUAUCGAGAAUCUAUUUUCAAAGUAUGGUCCAAUCGCAGCAAUCGAUCUGAAAGCUGGACAAAGACGUGGUCCACCGUUUGCAUUCGUUGAGUUCGAAGACGAGCUUGAUGCGUCAGAUGCCGUUCGUGGACGCGACGGAUACAACUUUGAUGGGUACGCCUUGCGGGUUGAGUUACCACGUACUGGAGGUUUUAACAAUGGGAAUGGCGGUCCCAAUCCUAACCAGUUCCGGAGAGGAGGUUUCAAUCGCGGGGGUGGUGGGGCUAGUGGCCCUUCAAGGAGGUCAGACUUCCGUGUAAUUGUCACGGGUUUGCCACCCACUGGUAGUUGGCAAGAUCUCAAGGAUCACAUGCGUGAAGCUGGAGAUGUUGGAUAUGCCGAUGUGUUCCGUGAUGGCACCGGUGUGGUUGAAUUCCUAAGGUACGAGGACAUGAAGUAUGCUAUUAGACGUCUGGACGACUCCAAGUUUCGUUCUCAUGAGUAUGGUCCAAUCGCAGCAAUCGAUCUGAAAGCUGGACAAAGACGUGGUCCACCGUUUGCAUUCGUUGAGUUCGAAGACGAGCUUGAUGCGUCAGAUGCCGUUCGUGGACGCGACGGAUACAACUUUGAUGGGUACGCCUUGCGGGUUGAGUUACCACGUACUGGAGGUUUUAACAAUGGGAAUGGCGGUCCCAAUCCUAACCAGUUCCGGAGAGGAGGUUUCAAUCGCGGGGGUGGUGGGGCUAGUGGCCCUUCAAGGAGGUCAGACUUCCGUGUAAUUGUCACGGGUUUGCCACCCACUGGUAGUUGGCAAGAUCUCAAGGAUCACAUGCGUGAAGCUGGAGAUGUUGGAUAUGCCGAUGUGUUCCGUGAUGGCACCGGUGUGGUUGAAUUCCUAAGGUACGAGGACAUGAAGUAUGCUAUUAGACGUCUGGACGACUCCAAGUUUCGUUCUCAUGAGUAUGGUCCAAUCGCAGCAAUCGAUCUGAAAGCUGGACAAAGACGUGGUCCACCGUUUGCAUUCGUUGAGUUCGAAGACGAGCUUGAUGCGUCAGAUGCCGUUCGUGGACGCGACGGAUACAACUUUGAUGGGUACGCCUUGCGGGUUGAGUUACCACGUACUGGAGGUUUUAACAAUGGGAAUGGCGGUCCCAAUCCUAACCAGUUCCGGAGAGGAGGUUUCAAUCGCGGGGGUGGUGGGGCUAGUGGCCCUUCAAGGAGGUCAGACUUCCGUGUAAUUGUCACGGGUUUGCCACCCACUGGUAGUUGGCAAGAUCUCAAGGAUCACAUGCGUGAAGCUGGAGAUGUUGGAUAUGCCGAUGUGUUCCGUGAUGGCACCGGUGUGGUUGAAUUCCUAAGGUACGAGGACAUGAAGUAUGCUAUUAGACGUCUGGACGACUCCAAGUUUCGUUCUCAUGAGUUAAUGUAA